CAUCUUCAAAACUGGUGUCGAGUUCUGCUGUGCCGCGAUGUUUAUUUACAUCAGACACGGAGAUAAUGAACAGUUUCUGCUCAACUCAAACUGUCCAGUCGUUAUCCUCGUGCAGUACUUAAAAAAGAGGUUCGGACUGGCCGAGUCAGAGCUUGUAGACCUGUGUGAUGAACGAGGAGUGUUGAAAUUCCUCUUUCAGCCUCAGAAUUUACAGGAAUCUGCUUGUAAACUGCUCAAGGCUAGAGAGUCUUUUAUUGUUUGCAUUGUUAAGUGUAUGACUGAUGGGGCUUAUACUUCUGUCAAUUCACUUCUAGCUGGUGUUGAUUCUGCGCUAUUAGAGGCUCUCCAGAGUCAGAUUGAUAACCUUGAGAAAGCUCGUCUCAAGCAGCUUCUUUUAGUGGAUUCUCGAGGUGCUACAUCAGAGGAAAUCAGUGCUCAAACUCUGCCUGCUAAAACUACAAAGAAGCGCAAGAAAGUCACACAUGUAAACGGGCCGGAUGAAGGAGUCCAGCGCCACACGGAGGACAGGAAGAGCAGGAACUGAGUGAAUCUCGCAUCUGAGCUCAGUUAUGGGAUUGAAGGUCCCAGUUUAAUUCAUUCAAAUUACGCAUGCUCUUCAAAAGG